AAUCCACAGCCCCUGCGCCUGUCAGAGGCCAAGCCAUUAACGACAGGGCUGGGGAGAGAAGCUGGGCUGCGGCUGUUUUCAGGAACUUGCCCUGAAGAGGAGAGCAGAGACCAGGGAGGCCUGGCGAGCGCCCACCCACAGGCUCCAGCAUGGAGAAACCGAGGCCCAGAAAGAUGAAGUAACUUGCCCACGGUCACCAAGCUGGUGAGCACCAAGCUGGCACUAUGGUGGGGCUGGGAACCUGCAGCCUGGCUGAAGCUGCUCUGAUCAUCCUGCUGCUCCCCAGAAGCCUGGAGGAGUGCGGGCACAUCAGCCUCUCAGCCCCCAUCGUCCGCUUGGGGGAUCCCAUAACGGCCUCCUGCGUCAUCAGCCAGAACUGCAGCCACCUGGGCCCCGAGCCACAGAUUCUAUGGAAACUGGAAGCAGAGCUUCAACCUGGGGGGAGGCAGCAGCACCUGCCGAAUGGGACCCAGCUGUCCACCAUCACCUUGCCCCACCUCAACUAUUCUCAGGCCCUUCUCUCCUGCUGCCUGCGCUGGGGCAACAGCCUGCAGAUCCUGGACCAGGCCAAGCUGCAGGCAGGCUACCCUCCCGCCACACCCCACAACGUGUCCUGCCUCAUGAACCUCACCACCAACAGCCUCAUCUGCCAGUGGGAGCCAGGACCUGACACCCACCUGCCCACCAACUUCACCCUAAAGAGCUUCAAGAGCCGGGGUAACUGCCAGACCCAGGAGGACUCCAUCCCUAUGGAGACCCAGGGAGGAAAAUGGAACCACAGACAGGGAGACAAGCGGGAGCUAGGGCAGAGCCCUAAUGGGAUGGAGCAGAGACAGUGCCUGACAACCCCUCUCCUCGCAGUGAAACUGGAGCCUCCCACACUGUGGGCCCUGGAGCCCAGCCCUGAGGUGCCCCCGCUCCAGCCAGGCUGCCUGAGGCUGCGCUGGGAGACAUGGAAGCCAAGCCUGCAUAUUGAACAGAAGUGUGAGCUGCGCCACCAGCCACAGCUUGGAGAAGCCAGCUGGGACCUGGUGGGUGCCCUACCCUCCAGGACUCUCCGGUAUGAGCUCUGCGGGCUCCUCCCAUCCACAGCCUACACCCUGCAGAUGCGUUGCACCCGCUGGCGCCUGCCUGGCCACUGGAGUGACUGGAGCCCCAGCCUGGAGCUGAUCACCACACAACGGGCCCCUAUUAUCAGACUGGACACAUGGUGGCGGCAGAGGCAGCUGGGCCCCAGGACAGUGGACGUGCAGCUGUUCUGGAAGCCAAUGCCCCUGGAGAAAGACAGUGGGCAGAUUCAAGGGUACCUGGUCUCCUGGAGACACUCAGACCAGACUGGGGCAGACCCACCCCUCUGCAACACCACGGAGCUAAACUGCACCUUCCAAUUGCCUUCAGAAGCCCGGGGGGUGGUCCUUGAAGCCUAUAACACAGCCGGGACCUCUCGUCCCACCCCAGUGGUCUUCUUGGAAAGCAGAGGCCCACCCCUGGCAAGACUCCAUACUGUGGCCCGAGACCCUCACAGCAUCUGGGUGGGCUGGGAGCCCCCCAGCCCUCAGCCUCGGGGCUAUGUGAUUGAGUGGGGCCUCGCUCCGCCCAGCCCCAGCAGCAGCCAGAAGGCCUGGAGGAUGGAGCACAAUGGAAGCAUUGCAGGGACCCUGCUGCAGGAGAACAUCAGGCCCUUUCAGCUCUACGAGAUCACUGUGACCCCCCUGUACCAGGACACCAAGGGACCCUCCCAGCACAUCUACGCCUACUCCCAAGAGAUGGCCCCCUCCCAUGGCCCAGAGUUGCAUCUCAGGCACAUUGGCAAGACUUGGGCCCAGCUGGAGUGGGUGCCUGAGGCCCCUGAGCUGGGGAAGAGCCCCCUGACCCACUACACCAUCUUCUGGAACAAUGCUCAGGACCAGUCCUUCUCCACUGUCCUGAAUGCCUCCUCCCAUAGCUUUGUCCUCCGUGGCCUGGAGCCUGCCAGCCUGUACCAUGUCUACCUCAUGGCUGCCAGCCAGGCGUGGACCAUCAACAGUACAAGCCUCACCCUGAUGACAUUGGCCCUAGAGGAGUCUGAGCUGCACAUCCUCCUGGGCCUGUUAGGUCUCCUGGUCUUGUUCAUCUGCCUCUGUGGGGCUGCCCAGCUCUGCUGCAGACCCAGGAAGAAUGCCCUCUGGCCAAGUGUCCCAGACCCAGCACACAGCAGCCUAGGCUCCUGGGUGCCUACCAUCAUGGCAGAGGAUACCUUCCAGCUGCCCAGCCUACGGGACCCUGGCAUGCCACCCAUCACCAAGAUCACAGUGCUGGAGGAGGAAGAGAAGAAGCCAGGGCCCUGGGAGUCCAAUGACAGCUCAGGGACCUGCAGUCUCCCCACUCUGGUCCAGGCCUAUGUGCUCCAGGGGGACCCAAGAGUACCUUCCACCCAGUCCCAGUCCCAGUCUGGCACCAGUGACCAAGUCCUUUACGUACAGGUGCUGGGCAGCCCCACAGACCCAGGGCCAGGGCACUACCUCCGCUGUGACUCCACUCAGCCCCUCUUGGGGGGCCUCACCCCCAGCCCCAAGUCCUAUGAGAACCUCUGGUUCCAGACCAGCCCCCUGGGGACCCCAGAGCCCCUAGUUCCAAACCCAGAGGACGACUGUAUCUUUGGGCCUCUGCUUGACUUCCCUCUCCUGCAGGGGCUCCAGGUUAGUGGGGUGGAGGGGCUCGGGGGCUUCUAAGGCUUCCUGGGACUCCCCACCUGGGCCUACUUCUUGAUAAGCCUGGGUCAUCCAGAGGAGAAGGUCAGUACACUCAUCACUGAAAAACCAGCCAGUCCCAGGAAAGGCAGAAAGGCUCCCAGUCUCCCCUAUCUCUGGCCCCCAGCACCACUCCCCCAUCCCCUCAAUCUCUGUGGACUGGGUCUCCCACUUUAAAGGCCAGCGAAUGCUUUGUCCAGCCCCGCCCACUAGCCUUUUGUACUAGUUUCCUAUAAUUUUAGUCUCUUAAACUAGUUUAUGGUG